CUUGGUAAAGCGGUGUUUCCCACGGACGACCCCCUGAAACCUCCCCCAAGAGUUUCUCUCGUGUGACGUAUCUUUCCAUAUUCGCGUAUGGACGUGGACUUUGGGCGGCUCCUAUUGGUUGUGAAAGCGUCUUAUUGAGUCAGUCAGAGAGGGAGGGUAGAAACAACAAGCUGCCGUAGACGAAAGGGCUAUAGUGGGAUGCUUAUAGCUGUCAUCGAGGUAGGAUACAACAAAUACAAAGAUGUGAUGCUCCCUCUUACCAAGACGGACACAAUUUCGUUUCCCGAAGAUAAAUAGAAAGCCUCCAUAUCGUGUGGCAUGGAUGUGUCUUGUUCUGCCGGGGGUUGCCAUUGGAUGGGGCGGGGUGAUGUUUAGGUUCCGGUAUAAAGCAAGAUAGAAAACAGGCAUUCGGAGAAAUGUGGCACCGGCUACCAACGCAGUUAUUUUGUACCCGAGAAAAUGAGGAGUUUAGCCGCUUUUUAUAGCCGGACUGCGGUCUAAGAAGACAAUCUAGAGGGGCGACUGGAAAUAGCGGAUCUAUGCGGAUCCCAUCUACCCCCAGUCCGUCAAUACGAUGAGGACGCUAUUUGCAUUUUGUUGUCUCUUCCUGAUUACCGGAGGAGCGGACCAGGUGACGACGGGCAAGUCCCCAAGCAACAGCGACAAUACGAACGUGACGGCCGAUAGCGACCGAAGGUAUAUUAGAAUCGGCGACGGAUCAUCGCACGAAUUUGAAUUUCCCGAAAACACCAACGGCGUGAUUGUUAUCUCCAGUCAGUACCGGAGCACCAACGCGAGCAGGAAGGGGCGCGAGAGCUGGAAGCAGACGCUGAGCGUCCACUCGUUGGACCCGGAGGUUUUAUCAAUCCUGAAUGUGACUGACGGUGGACGUGCGGGGCCAGUUAAAAGUUAUAUUAUCACAAUAAGGUCUGGUUUGCCAGGCACAGCACAGUUGCAGAUCCAGCUCCUGGACCUAGAUCAGGACGACGCCAUGUCAGUUCUGAUUGAAGAGAGGACAGACUACUCCAUCAGGGUGUCAACUCCAGGAAGUGAGGAUGCUUCCACCCUGCUCAUUCAGCCCGGGGGCUUUUCCCACUUCUCAGAGAACCCCGUGCUGUUUGCCUUGCUGCCCCUCAUCUUCAUCAACAAGUGUGCCUUUGGGUGCAAAGUGGAGGUGGAGGUGCUCAAGGGUCUCCUGAGGAGGCCUGCGCCGUUGCUACUUGGGGUGGUGGGACAGUUUCUGGUGAUGCCUUUGUAUGCGUAUUGCUUGUCCGAACUGGCCUCCCUGCCCAAGGCACUCUCUCUAGGCCUGGUGAUCACCUGCUCUGCCCCGGGGGGCGGUGGGGGUUACCUCUACAGCCUGUUGCUAGGCGGCGACGUGACCCUUGCCAUCUCCAUGACGCUGGUCUCCACGGUGGUGGCGGCGGCGGCCAUGCCCCUGUCGUCGGCACUGUACGGCUGGCUGCUGGGCGUGCACGCCGCCCUGCACGUGCCCUUCAUCAAGAUCCUGGGCACCCUGCUCUUCAUCGCCAUCCCCAUCUCGCUGGGCAUGCUGGUGAAGCUGCGGCUGCCGGGACUCACCAGAGUCCUGCUGGCGCUCAUCCGGCCCUUCAGCUUUGUGCUCAUCGUGGGCGGCAUCUUCAUGGCCUAUCAGAUGGGCGCGUCCAUCCUGGCCAACGUCCGGCCGCAGAUAGUGGCGGCCGGGGUGACCGUGCCCAUGUUCGGCCUGCUGGUCGGGGCGGCCCUGGCGAAGACGGCGGCGCUGGCGUCGCCACAGAGGAAGACGGUGAGCAUCGAGGUGGGCGUCCAGAACAGCCUGCUGGCCCUCGCCGUCAUGCAGCUGUCCUUCCAGCGGGCCGAGGCAGACUUUGCGUCGCAGGCGCCCUUCAUCGUGGCGCUCAGCAGCACCUCGGAGAUGCUCCUCAUCGUCCUGGGACACUUUGUGCACCGGAGGUUCUGCGGGACGGCCGCCCCCAGGACUGUCACCUGAUUGUAGCCUAGUGGGUGCUGCCCCCCCCCCCCUCUCUCCCCCUCUGUCCCCUGUUCCCCCCCCCGACACCUCCCAACCCCGAUAACCUGUGUAUGGAUGUGGGCGCCCCAUGUUUGGGGCGACCGUCCAGCUGCGCGAGGCGACAUUUAUUUAACAAUCAACUCUCCAUCGGUCAGCGUUGUGCACAUAGUGGCGGCUGGGCUUUACUUUGGAGGGUUAUUUUUCAGUGUUUUCAUGUAAAACCAAAGGCCUUUUACCCUCCGAGCUGUUUUGUGUUCUUUUCCAGUAUGUGCUUUUUAAACAAGAUUGUACUGUGAGGUACUUGAUGUGUCGAUACACAUGUGAAGAAAAAUACUUAUAAAGAAGAUAUUUUUCUACAAAUGUUUUUUUUUAUUUUAAAAAACAACAAAAAAACAUUGAUUUGUAUCAUGUUUACAAGUGGUCCAAGUGUCUUAGGAAUGCAAAUUUGAAAAAAGGAUAAUCUGUUGUUUUUUAAGGACGGGGAAAUAUGGAUGUUUCAAAGUAUCUGCUAUUGAUUGUGUUUUCUGGAUACAGGAAAUCUUGUACUUGAAUAUUGCAAGAAAAUAAAUGAAAAAUAAAUGCAUUGAGAAAAUCAGUUCACAGUAGCCUAUGUCGCUGGGAUAUUGAAAUGAAUGCAAACUAAACUCUCUCGCUAUCGUGGUUAGUUUGGGGCUUCACGCCGAGAUCUCCACAAAGCCUUGUUGGUAAUCAUCAUUCUUGUUAGUCAUUUUCGGUAAACUAUUCACUGAAUGCUUUCGACUUUUUCAAAUACAAAAGCUGGAACAUUGUGUGCACAUAAUUAAAAAGACUGAACACGCAUUCCUUUGUCUGGCCAGAGACCUUAACCAGGGAGCAUUUUUCAUUGCAGGAAGCAUUUCUUUACUUUUCACCUUUUUUUUUCUCUCUCGUUAAAAGCAUAGUGGCGGCCGCCGGCACUAAUUCUUCACACUAAGCUUUUGUAGUGGAAAAGUAAAGUGUUCAAACAUGUUUUUUUUUCCCCUUUUGCGUGUGGCCGAACCCACCUUUCAACCAGACGCAAAACCUGCCUGACUGAAGGUUGUUGGUUUUGCCGUGAAAUCUGGUACCUUUUUAUUCCUUUCAUCAAGGUGCCACAACAUUUUAUCCCUACAGUGGGUGAUUACAAUGCCUCUGAAGAUGACCUGGUGAUGGAUUGCUAAAGAAGAAUCUAAUUCUAAACAGCAGAAUGGCCUAGGUUUUACAUAGUACAGUAUACCAGGUUGCUGAUUCAACAUCCUGUCUGUUGGAAGUGCUGAUGCAAUGUCAGUGUGUCUGUGAGUUGGCCAUAAUCGUUGGGAGAUAUAAUACACACACAAACACAAUAUCGGGUGUAGACAAAUUGGUAAUCUGCACAACAUGAUUCCUAGUUACAGCAACAAAGCUACCCUAUUACAUUACUCAUUGUAAGAAUUCACACUUAACAAUAACCCUUUACUUUGCUAUCCUUUGUUGGUGCUUUGAAGUCAGUCAUUCAGAUUAACUUUAGACUCCUGUUUCACCUCGAUUACAAUGUUGAAAGGAGCUGCUGGGGGGUAAUGUUUUCCCCUUGUAGAUUUUGGUAUUGCAUGCUGUAGCACAACACAUAACCUUCGCCCCAGUUCAGUUCAGGGUGCUGGGUGCAUACACUAACUUUUGCUGCCUGUGAACAACAAAGCUUGGCCCAGUUUGAAGCAGCUUAUACAAGCGUCAUUGUCCAAUUGCCAACAGUUUUCU